GGUGGCUAGCUCAGAGCGUUUCUGUUCGAUCGCUGCCGCGCGUAGGCGUGAGAUAUUUGCUCAAAAGCUACGGAGAGCGAGCUGCCACAGGCUUGCCUAGACCAGGCAAAAGCCGACGCGAGACGCUAGAGAACUCCGGACGCCCCAGACGUGACCGCUUCAGGCGAGCAUAAAUCGCUGUCAAACGCUCGGUACGGCUCCCGGCCGACGCGGCGCGUAUCAGCUCUGCAUUGCAGCACCAUCACUCUGCUAGCAACCCGACGCCGUCGCGGUGCGCAGCGAAAGAGGAGCAGCCGCCUAGACGCCGCCGCCGCGCGCGCGUGAAACCAAGCGGAACAAAACGAUGGCCAACUUCGCCCCCCUCGUCGGCGAGGCGCUCCCCGCGUACGGUCUACCAAGACCGGCCUUCCCCUACGAGGAGGGCGAUGCCAACAAGUCGACGCCGCACAUGAAGUGGCUGCCCGUCAACUACGCUAGACCGGCCAAAUGUAAUGAUUUCCUGACGCUGCGGGGUGCCGGCGAGUGCUACCCUCGUUUGAGACCGCUCCUCGAAGGCUGUCAGCGUGUUUUAGAAUUAGCGAACGGCGAGACGGUCGGUGUGGGUUCCGCGGCAGCACCGAAAGGCGCCGAGGCUCGCUCCAUCAGAUGUCGCUGGCCCGCGUUCAACUCUCAAAGGGAAAGGAAGCUGGAAAUCGUCGACGACAAGGGCAUGGCCGUGAGCGCGUUUGAUGGUGAUGAAGUCGAGAAGCUCUUCUCGUCGACGGAGCGGGACACGGUUGCAGUCGUCGACGCUAUAGUGGACGUGGGCUGCUCCGACGAGAUGCUGCGGGCGAUGCACGAGAAUCGUCAAGCCAUUGAUGCUUAUUUUGAGAAAGUACGACGUUUACUAGCGCCGUCGGGCAAGCUGGUGGUCAUUUCAUGUAACAGGAUCGAGGGCGUCGGCGGGCCUUCAUUAGCGUGCGUGGCGGAGGCGCGCGGCUGGAACGUCGUGACCUCCUUCGCGCAGAACGACGUCAUCGAUGUGGUCAUAUAUGAACCGCGGCCGGGCCCGACGCCGCCGGCGCCAUUGCCGCCCGAACCGACGCCGUCGCAGGGCACGUUCGCGCAGCGGAAUUUGCGGCUGAGGAUCGCCCCGGAAGAGUACUGUCCGGCCUGGCCCGACGACGAGGAGGAGGACAAUCCGCUACCGGGCUGGGUCGAGGGCGACAGCUUGGCGCCGUACGUCGGCUCCGAUCCCAGUAUGUUGAGCGAAGCCUUGACCUACGCCUGGCUGACGCCGCUAGAUGUGGUCUGCGACGUGGGCUGCGGCGAUGGUAGGUUUGUGACGACGGCCGUGCAGAAGCUCGGGGCUGAAAGAGGUUAUGGAUUGGAUAUCGACGCUGAGUUGGUGGCGCGCGCCCAGGAUCUAGCUCGUAGAAGGGGUGUCGGUCAUAGGACGACCUUUAUCAGAUGUGACUGUUCACAGCCGUCUCCGGACGUGUGGAAGAUUUUAGAUGAAUGCACGCUACUGAUCAUGUACUUGCUACCGGAGGCUCUACAGCAAGUCCGGCCGAUCAUCGACAAGCAUUUGUCGGGACCGAUGCUCGGGCGCGUCGCCCAGCGUCCCUCGAAAGCAUGGGGCCGAUGAUGACCAAACAAAAAGAAACUUGAAAUCCGAUUCCUAGUGAGGACGCCUAUAUCCUACAUUCGCCGAGGCCCUUUCCCAUCGCUCGCCUGCGAUUCAAUUCGCGGGGCGUCGCUCAUCGUACAUCACGCAGGCACGUCCCCCAGGACCAGCCCUGGCCGACGCGCCAGAAGCGCAUUUUAUGUGUUGGCUGGGCGCCGCCCGACCUGCGGUACGUCACGAAGAAGGAGAUCCAGCUGAGGGGCGGCGGCACCGUCGAGCUGACGGUGCUGGACUCGUCGUCGCCGAAGCUUACGGACCCGCCGGAAGGGCGUCUGUGCAAGUUAUGAGCGGCGGGUGAGUGACGAGUCGCGUCGACGGCGUAUAGAAGGGGUAGAGUAAGUCUGAUUGUUGUUAUCACAUGUCUACUAAGGGCGGCACCACCUCCACACGCCGUCGACGCGACGCCUGCUCGAUACCUGCGCGCGCAAUAAUUAGGGGACGGGGGUGGGAAGAGGCCCCGGGCGUCUCACACCCAUAUGCGCGCCUCGUCCCUUUUGGACGGUGGCUCUGGCGUCCAUAUUGACCGGUACACGAGCAUGAAACGCCCGGCACGGCUUCGAUGAAAACGCGACGUCAAAUAAAAUAACACACUGAGACAGCA